GUCCUUGACGUGGCAAAGUCAUAAACAAAGAUGGCGGCGGCCUCUCGAGCUACGCGGAGUUUGUUUGAAUAUUUUUAGCUUUAAAAAUGAUUUGUAUCCCGAGUCGCUAGUCGGAACCGUCGUGGUCGGGUUGUGUCUGCGGCCUCGCUCGGCCUGUUGUCGGCGUGACGCUGUGAGAUGAGCGGCUGGGCCGGGUUCUCUGACGACGAGCUGCGGAGGAUGCAGCAGAAAGACGCAGCCCGCGGCCGGAAGCCGGCUCCGGCCAACCGCAGUCGGCAGCAGCUACAGCGGGAGAGAGCGCUCCAGCUCGCCGCGCAGAGGAGCGCAGGAGCCGGGAGCGCUGCUGCGCUUCCCCCGGAGCAGCUACUCACCAGGCCGCCGCCGACAGAAGAGCCUCGGGCCGCGGCUCCAACUCCAACUCCUCCGGCCGUCAGACCGGAAGUGCAGCCGGAGCCCCGCGAGGGGAAGCCGAGUGAGAAGCACCACACCCCGGCGGUGAAAGAGCUGGAGACACAGGAGGUGGAACUGCGGGAGAAGACGCGUCUGGAGCAACUGCAGCAGGAGCAACAAGUCAUGGAGGAGAGGAACAAGCGCAAGAAAGCUCUGCUGACCAAAACCAUCGCUGAGAAGUCCAAACAGACUCAGGCGGAGGCCGUGAAGCUGAAGAGAAUCCAGAAGGAGCUCCAGGCCCUCGACGACAUGGUGUCCAACGACAUCGGCAUCCUGCGGGGACGGAUAGAACAGGCCAGCUGGGACUACAGCGCCGCCAGGAAACGCUACGAGAAGGCGGAGGUCGAGUACGUGGCGGCCAAGCUGGACCUGCACAAGAAGACGGAGGUGAAGGAGCAGCUGACGGAGCAUCUCUGCGCCAUCAUCCAGCAGAACGAGUUGCGCAAAGCCCACAAGCUGGAGGAGCUGAUGCAGCAGCUGCAGCUGCAGGCCACGGAGGAGGAGGAUGAGGAGGAGAAGCAGCCGGAGAGGCAGAGGGAGGAAGAGGGGCAGAACCAGGAGGACGCAGGGGAAUCGACCAAGGAGGAGGAGGAGAGAGGAGGUGACGGCCAGCAGGAGAACUGUAAACCGUUAGAGAAUGGUGUCCAGAGCCAGACGGCGGCUUCCUGAUUCUCGCAGAGCAUCGUGUGUCACCACCACUGUAAAACAUCUGGACAAGAUUACAUCACAGUCCUCCACACGUCAUGAUCGAUACGAGACACAGACGCUGUUCAUCAGUACGCGUGACGGCGUCUUUGACUCGCAGGUCUCGGGCUGAGGAUCAGACCUGAGGAGAGUGCUUCGUCCAAACACACCGUCGCCUUAAAAUCCCCAUUGAGACCCGGGGUCACGUUCCUGCGUGUCGGCCGCCAUCGGGGUUCUAUGGCACCUACGAGAUCCGGUUAAGGUUCAGGAAAGAAGAUGGCGGUCUAACGAAAGAGCCGACGCGAAGGUUUGCACUGUAAACUACGAGCUUCCGAGACAGAUUCAUGACAACGUUGACUCUUCUUCAGUUGCUAUGAGAAAAAACGAAUGAAAUAUCUUGUCAGUGAGAAUUUACCACAUAAGUUCCAUCUACACACAAGUUUAUCUUCUUUGUCGACAGUGACGUCACAAUAAGAUGAUUCUGUAGUUACCAUAUCUGCGCUGUGGUCCCCACAGUGUGGUUAUGAUCAUGGCAGAUGAAUAAUGUUCAUGGUUUUGGCCACUGAGACACUUUAUGACGAGGGAAACUCUGCGGUUCUGUUUUACAGGAAGACAAACGUUAAUCCUUAACGAGUUUUAAUCACGACGUACGCGUUCGUCUGAUUUGACGAUGAUUCCUUUGGAUUCUGGACUGUGACAAAAAAAAUCAUUACGUCUCGUUUAUAUUAGAUUUUAAUAAAAACAUAUACAGUUUUUUUUAAAGGAGACAAGGUUUUCAAAUGUCUAUUUUCAGAAUUAUUAGAAAAAUACCACAACACGUUUACACCAAAUGCGAAGGAAAACUUUACCUUUCGUUGCUUGCGCGAGUUUGAAUUGCAGGAUCAUUUUCGUUAACUCGCAAUAAUCUAAUUACAUCGCUCGAGUACAAAUAUUUCCUCCUCGUGAAACCACAUUUAAAUUUACAACGUUAAAGAAAGAGAUCAAACAUUCAACGUGUCAUUGAUUCUUUCUUGCUCCAAGUUUGUUCAGGAAGUUUUUCCUCCUGCUGACGAACAAAACGUAGUCGGUGGAGAUGAAACUCUCAGGAUAAAAACACAAUAAAGUCUGAUGAAACACUAAACACAAAAUUAAAAUGAAAGACGGUAAACGACGACACAUUAACUUCUGUGUAAAUCAUUCUAAUCUUACCUUCACGUGAGGCUGCUUGUGAUCGGACCACGUUUGAUUUCUGUCGUCAAAUAAAAAGUUUUUUUUGUAGAAAGUUAAUAUAUAUAUAUCUAUUUUUUUUUAUUACUAUAAGUGUUGAUGUCUGUUCUGUAUCAGGAGCCGGGUGGAAAACUUAUCAUGACUGGACGUUCGACUGCAGAACAAAUCAGAAGAAAACCUUGUCGUCAUCGUCGGUCGAACACGUUUGUCUCUUUGUGGCGAGCGGGGAAGCAUUCCUCCCUGUUCUUACUUCCUGCAGGUGAACGUUAGUCCGACUGAAGCGUCCUGCGUCGUGUCGUAGUCAGCUGAGGAGCCGGGUCGAGGGGCGACGGCGGCCUCCGAGCGGUAAGACGAUCUCUGCUCGUGUCAGGAAAUAAUCAUCUAACUCUACAGGAAGUGUUUUCUGAUAUGUUAAGAGAAGUUAUCAAAACUGGGGAAAUAUUCAGACAGAACACCACAGUCUGAUGUUUUAUGAAAUAAACGUUAACAGAGCACCA